GCUGUCAUUCGUAAUCAGUGCACUCAACCAGCUGUCACCAAAAUCAGAAGAAAAGAAAUGUCAGAUCGAACUUUUCUUGUUGACUGUUGAAGAUAAUUUUCCUCAUUAUUUAAUUCAAAUAUUAAAAUUCAUGCAAGUUUUGUGUUUUAGUUGAAAAAGAUAAACAGUGGAUAUGAUUCUUUCGAAAAGUACUGUGUGGUUUUUGGGUGUUCUUUUAUUGAUAUCGAUUUUUAUGGCAAAUUUAUUAAAUAUGAUUGCUACGGAUCAUAAUUUUUAUAUUGAAAACGAAAACGAGGGGAAAAAUUAUACCAAGUAUUUAGCUGAUAAAUACGGUAAAAUUACAGAUACAACGGAGAAAAUAAUUUGGUUUCUUCAGAUUUCAGAUAUACAUAUUAGUAUUUUUCGGGAUCCUGGAAGAAUAUCACAAUUUCAACAAUUCUGUGAUAACACAGUCAAGAUAAUAAGCCCUGCAAUAGUUUUGGCAACGGGUGACCUAACUGACGCUAAGGCCAAAGAUAACUUAGGUAGUUCCCAAGUGAAGACAGAGUGGAUAUAUUAUCAUAACAUUGUACAAGAGUCAGGAGUCACUGAUAAAACUGUCUGGUUAGACAUAAGAGGAAAUCAUGAUAACUUUAACAUCAGAGCAUUACAUUCUCAAGAAAAUUACUUCAGAAAUUAUUCAGUACAAGGCCGUAAACAUGCAAAGUCAUAUGUUCAUUACGUACAAUCAAAUGGAGUCAAUGUUGCAUUUUUGGGUGUUGAUGCAUGCCCAGAUCCUGGUCUAAGAAGACCAUUUAAUUUUAUUGGCAUACUAGAUGCAGGAGAACAACAACUUCUCCAGAAGCUCAAAGUAGAGGCAGAAAGUAAAGCUGACCAUAUAGUUUGGUUUGGACACUACCCUACCUCAUGCAUACUGUCCCUUGAGAAUGAUGCCUCGAAACUAAAUAUACGCCAUCUUAUUGGUUCAAGUCAAGGGUCUCAUGUUUAUGUUUGUGGACAUUUACAUUCCAUGGGUGGACUAGUACCAAAAAUGUACACAAAACAAAAGAAAGGCUACUUAGAGCUUGAGCUAGGAGACUGGAAGGAUAACAGAAUGUACAGAUUGGCAGCAAUUGAUCAUGGACAUUUCUCUUUUGUUGAUCAGAAACAUAAUGUCUGGCCACUGGUGCUGGUCACAAAUCCAAAAAAUGCCAGAUAUGUCAUGCAUGGUCGAGAGCCCUUGCAAUUAAUUCCAGACUCAAGCCACAUAAGAAUUCUUGUAUUUAGUGAUGUAGCUGUUAAAAAUGUGGACAUAUCCUUUGACCAAAUAAGUUGGAUGACAUGCAGGCACACCACAGGGCCACUCUAUGUUUGUCUUUGGCUACCUCAUUUGUUUACGAAAGGCGUUCACAAUUUGUAUGUCAAAGCUUAUGAUGAGAUAGGAAGAGAAGCAUUUGUGGAACAUCCCUUCACAUUGGAUGGAAGUGUAAUGAGUUUUGAGAUAACAGCCAGAAUUUUGCUCAUGUUAGAUGCAGGAAUAGUGUUUCAGGCAAUAUUUGGAACACUUCUCAUGAUUAAUGUUUUGCCACUAGUCAUUUUAAGAUUAUGCAAAAGACCCCCAAGAAUCCGCGCGAAAUAUGGUCGACUCAUGAUAAGGAGAGUUUGGCUAUUGAGUAAAAUAGACCGGGUGUUCUACCCUAUUGUUUUGUAUGCAGCUUAUCUUCCUUUUGGUCCAUGGGCCAUUGGGGAGCUUAUAGAUGGCCAUGUGGGAGCAAUUUUUGCUUGGGGUAUACUGAUAAAGGGGUCAUUCCUCCCUGAGCCAUUUACCUAUAUGUAUGGGAGUGUGCAACUAAUGUUUGUACAAGUACCUCUAGUGUUUGUAUUGUCGCACUGCUUGGACUAUCGUCUGUAUGGCUACAAUGUAAGAGGAGUGAGGAGAUUGAUAUUGAAUCUGCCAUUUGUGUUCUUACUGUCAAUACAGCUGCUACUGGCAUACUUCUUUUGGUUGGAAUAUGGAACUAUGUCAUUCAUAUUUGGACCGCUCAGAACAUGGAGUAUUGCUUUAAGUUUAUUAUUGUGGUAUAAGACAUUGAAUUUACCGCCAGAGUAUUGUAGACACCUGUUAAAGCUGACUGAAAAUCCAUCAUAGUAUUUUAACAAGAGGAUGACUUUGAAUAAAUUGUACAGCACAACUAUGUGUCGUGUGUUGAGCUUAGCUGCUUUCCUUUACGCCAAAGUAGUCUUGGCUUCUGUGGAAGAUAUGGUAUCAACAUAUUAACGAAUAAUAAAGAGCUUAACAUAUUAUUUCCUAGUUUAACUGUUCAAGGACUGAUUUUACAAAUGACAGGUGAUACAUUAUCUUGAAAAUUUUUGCUAAUCAACUAAUAAGGGAUGAAUGUUUAGUAUUUACACCAAAGAAAUAUUAUUAAAUUAUAAUUUUGAAAAAUAAUAAAUGAAAAUACCUAUCGCGUAAACUAUAAUGUCCAUUUGCGUUUGAAAACAUGUUGAUACACUCAUUAAUUAACAAUUAAAAAAUAAUUAAUUUCUCACAUUUGUGUUGAUAAAAAUAUGUUAUGUGUUGAACACAAACUAUAUUUUAGUUAUUUGACUCCAAAUAUUUUUUUGUUGAAAUUGAUUUAAAAAUUAAGUCUUUAUUUAGACCCUAGUCUGACAGAACAAUGAAUAAAAAGCAUUUAUCUAUUUUUAUAAAAACCAAAUAAAAAACUGUCGAAAUAAAUAUAAAAAAAGCCUUGUAAUACUUAAGAUAAAAACACAUAGAAAAGAUUAAGAGCUAUUCUGAUCUUUGAUUUCGUAAUUCUUACCUUCAUAUUAUCUUAAAAAUAGAUCGUGAACAAUAUUGAUAACACAGAUGGUGCUUCAAACUGUACAGGAAAAAAAUAUACAAAAAAUAAAACAUGCUGUAUAAUAAAAUAAAAAAAAAUGUAUUAUGUAAUAAAGUAUUGCAUUAUAAUCAUCACAUUCACUUAUAGUUAUGUACAAUUAGUUUUAUUUGCUUAGUACCUAAAGAGGCUGUGAAUGAGUCGUCUGGAUGCGCACACGCACCUAAUUUUUACAUAUUCAUUGUACAGCGUUUAUUUAGACAUUGUUGUAUUUCGUUCCUAGUUGCUUGACUUGUAUAUAUUUGUUAUUUUCGCUACUUAUGUACGUUUUAAUUUACAUAAUUAUUAAAUUGCAUCUAAUUACUUAUGUGUAUUAAUUAAUGUAUUAUUUAUACAAGGUGUAACAAGAUUAUUGCACAAAAAGCAAACACGCAUGAAAAACAUUUUUUUUUAAUAUUAUUGGAAGUGCUGAAACUAAGUAGUACUUAUUGAUAAUUUGGUAACACCUUGUAUGUAUAUAGAAUUAUCUAUACUCAUGACUGGCAAAAGAGAAAAAAAAAAAUCCUGCCUAUCUCUGUGAGGAAUAAAAGACGUAAUGUUAUGUUAUUAGUGUUAUGUAUGUUGUAAAAUAUAAUAGUGUUAUCAUUAUCACGUUAUAAGUUGUACCACGGCGUACUAAAAGUAGUAAUGCUCACGCGCAGGUGAAGUGUUAAUUCGCCAAUGUCUAUUAAAAUCGUGUAAAUUCGUGUUCAUUGUUCAUAAUCACAGCUAUUUAAUGUGCUUACGUUUAGUAUCUUCGUCGUGGACUAGUUUUCAACCUUAUUACUUAGGCAAUAAGGGUGGAAAUUGGUCGACUGUGAAGUGUGUUAGAAAAAUCGGCGUGAGUGCGCUGUGGAAUGUAGUACAUAGUCCUAUUUUUUUUAAAUGACAAAAUUUUCUAGCGAUACUUACUUUCUGAUGCGCAAUGUGCAUAACUACUAAAGAACUAUGAUCAUUGAAUGAAAUAUUCCGUGGUGCUGAUUAAAUAAAUAAAAAAAACAAAAAUAAAAAGUAAAUCUCCUUUCUUUGCCAGAAACAUUAUUUUUGUACUGUGAAAAAAGAAAACAAUAUUUUGAACAUCAUUCAAUGAUCGUAGUGUGUAGAUAACAGCUCAUCAAGUUACCUCAAAAUCUCUGAAUUCGAAAACAGAAUUUUUACUCUAUUUGCAAAGCAUUAAGGUUGAAACUUUUAAGAUUGGGUUCACCUGACACGCUGAGCCCUUAGUUCGAGUUUGUUUCACGUUUAACGAGAUCGAAACGAGUGCGCGUUCGGUGCUCUGAUUGGUUGGUUCAUUCGUGCCGGCCAAUCAGAGCGCUGAAUGCGCUCUCGUUUCGUUUUCGUUCAACGUUAAGCAAACUCGUACUAAGGGUAUUGAAUUCUAAAAUAGAAUUUCAACUCUAAUCGUAAAGUGCUAAGGUUGAAAAUUUAAGAUUGGGUUAACUUGACGCGCUGGUCUGCUUUAUGUAAUAUGUAUGUAGAUAUUUCAUCAUAGUCUUUUAAUGUCUAGUCUGGACAGUAUUUUUGUAAUGUAAUGUAUGUAGGUACAUUGUCAAUAUUAUUAUAAUAUGUGUGUACCGAAUUUGAUGUAAUUAUUGUUACUACUUAAUAAUAAAAUGAUAAGUAAUAUAUUUUAUGUUUUGAAGAAAUUCUAAGGAGGCUUUAAGACAGAACUGGCUUCAUUUAUUAUUAUCUUUUAAAUUCGUCAAUUCAUUGUUAUUAUUUUGACUGGACGCCAUAAUGACUAAGUAAAUUGCGGAAUGUUUAUGAUAAAAAAGUAUUAUGCGCACAAAGAAAUUGGCAUAAAAUAAGUUAAGUUCAUAAAAACAUCAUUGCCUUGAAAUUCGUGUUUUAUUGCCGAGGCGAUAAGGUUGGAAAUUGUACUGACAUAACAAAUAAAGCAACUUCAAAUUUAAAUAUUGCCAUUUAUUCGGAAAACAAUUUUACAGACAACAAGCACAUUGAGUUACCCCCAUCUGACCAUUUCCCUUAAUAGAUUUUCAUCCCUAUUGUCUAACAAUAAAGUUGAAAAUUUAUUAAACAUAUUUGGGUAGUUUCAAGAGCUGGUUUCCGGGAAUUACCUACUCAUUAUCAACAACUGUAUGUAAUCUAAUUGCCCUUUGAACCAUGUAUUGUUGGCACAAUUCGUAUUGUUAUCACAUAAUAAUUAAACAAAGACAAUAUUGAUGGAACUGUGCCGAUUACACUUCAUACAAUAUAUAAAAAUUAUUACAAAACAUUAUUAUUAAUUUACAAAAUCAAUUGUAUAAAAUUAUCGACGGAAUAAAUAAUUUCAUAUCGUUUA